AUGCUAGGGCUUUACUGGCGGAUACACGAAAUGGACUUAUUCUCGAAUCUUUACCUGUUUGUCAUUAUCAGUGGGAUUUCUGCAUAUCUUAUUGGCCUUUCCUAUGGGAAUUCAAAAGCCCCUCUCAUGGAAAAGAUCGCUGCUAAAAGGGCAGAUGCAAUUACAAAAAUUAUCAAUAAGGAGGUUGGGAGUGAUAAAAAAAUUUCCAGGCGAGACCGAGAUGACAUGUAA